GGUUCCUUCUUGAGAAGUUAAACGAUUGGUUUCCAGGGAUAGAGACUAGAGAUGCCCUAAGUUUGGGCCGCCGCCGGCGGUUCCUUCCGCCGAACCCUACUCCGCUCCGGAUCCUCCCCAACACCAUCCCGCCGCCCCUCCCGCCGGCGCACAUCCAUGGUCGGUUAAUUAGAUUCCGCGUGAGGUUUUCGCCGGGGGUCGGCGUUGGAUUCCGCGUCGGUUCCGAGUCGAUCGAGGAGCCCUUUCCAUAUCGAACACGCCGCAACUCGAUCGGCCGAGUUCGCGUCCCCCAAGAACUCGGCGUCCCGUCUCGCCGAGAUUAUAUAUAGGGCCGCGAGCUCCACGAAAUCCCCCGUGAUUUCGGCGGCGUCCAAAUCCAAAGAGAACUCAUGAGGGGGGAUCGAUCGGCCAUGAGGGUCACCCGAGGUAUGCACCUGGAGGCGAAGAUGGGCGAGAACGCGUGGCGCGCCGGCGAGGUGGUCUGGGGCAACGGACACUCGUACGUCCUGCGGUGGUUCGAUGGCGGCCCAGACUCUGAGCGCAUCCGGAGGACGGAUGUCCGGCCGCUCCCGGAUCCCGCCGUCAAGCUGCCGGCGGACCUUGCCACCGGCGACGAGGUUGAGGUGUUUCACAGCAACCUGUGGAAGCGCGCCGUGGUCGUGGGAGCCGCCGGCCACGGUCAGUUUGAUGUCAAGAUCGCCCGCUCGACCGAGGUUCUUACGGCGGACACGAGCGUGCUGCGGCCCCUUAUGGCGUAUCGGGGAGGGGAGAAAGGCUGGGUCUUGAUCCACAAGGAUAACGAAAUCCCCGCCGAGAGCGCCGUGCCAUGGCGCCCCGUGGCCGUUAAGAACAUCAAAAGCAAAGCCAAUGACAAUGGAGGCGGCAAGUUCGCCGCGCAUUCCACCAAUCUGGGUCUGGGCAAGACGAAGAGGAGCAAUUACGCGGUGGACGCCGACAUUGUCAGGGAUGUCAAGAGAUUUCAGGGCAACAACGUCUUCUUGGCCAAGAGAGAACCCGCAGCAAGGUACCACGACAACAACAUAGAGGUGAUGGAUGUACACCCAAGCCAUUACCUCAAGAAACGGGAGCAGGAGACGAGCAAUCAUACUAAACCCAACGAUGAGGAAAUUGAUGUGAUCGGAGGAGGAACGGACAGCGACAACGACGACGAUUCCAACAGUAGCAAGUCUGAUCCAUCGUCGUCGGACGGAGACAGCAGCAGCAGUGGGGGAAGCAACAGCAACAGCAACGCCGGCGCUCGUGCAGUUCCCCCGACCGCCGAGCAUUGCCAAGAAAAUCAAGAAGUCCAGUCGCCGCCGAGCUGCAAGGAAGAGGAGCAAGAUUCUGAGGAGAGGACCGAGUCCCGUGGCAGCGCGAGAAUGCGCCACCGACCGGCGGACGAGGAAGAGGAACAGAAUGAGCAAGAAGUAGAGGAGCAUGAUCACCGCGUCCAUGGCCUGGAGCUGGAGGCCUACGUGAGCGUCAUGAAGGCCUUCUACUUCACGGGACCGCUGACCUGGGCCAAGGAGGAGCUGCUGUCCGACCUCCGCCUGCAGCUCCACGUCUCCAGCGACGAGCACCUGCAGGCGAUAUGGCGUCUCAAGGGGAAGAAGUAAAAAAACCGCAGGCGUUUCAGUUCAACGGCGGGUAUUGCUGAUUGCUGUAGUUUGUAACCUGUCAAUCUGUGAUAGUAGAUUACUGUACGUAGUUGGGAGUGUCAAGUCAGUCAUCAGUUGACUGAAUUUGAUUUGGAUCUCAGUCAAAGUUUGAUUUUGAUCAUUUUGGGUCUUAAUCAAAUUUUGAUUCUGAAUUUGGGUCUCAGUCAUCAGUUCCAACUUAAUUCCAAACUUAUUGGCUGAUUGAUAGUUUGUCA